CAAAACGAAACACAAACAUUGGUUCACAAAUUUGAGACUUGCAAAAUCCAAUUCCUGUUGUCAAUUAGAUUUCCACCAUUGGUAUCCAAAAACAACAGCAACAAGAACAAGCCAACCCUGUUUCAUAAAAUUAACACCAUUACCUUAUGUUUUCCAAAGAACCCUUUUUGUUGGUUCAUUUUUUAUGGAAACAUCCAUCCCUCAUUCAGACGGGAUGGAGAUAGAAAAGAACGCAUCAUUAUUAUCAUCAUCAUCACCAUCAUCGUCAAUGGCUAUCCUUGUGGUUACCAUGUUGUUAUGGAGCUUGAUUUCGUGCCCCAGCAGUGUUUACGGCAUCGCAACCGGCCCUUUCACCCCUACUGACAACAUCCUCAUCGACUGUGGUGCUAACGCUGCAUCCAAAGUCCCUGAUGGAAGGACCUACAAAACCGACCAAGAAGCGUCUCAGUUGUUGGACACCAAGGAUGAUACUCAAGUCUCUGUCUCCAAUGUUGAUCUUCCUACCCCUUUGUUCUUAAACGCCAAGGUUUUCCCACAAGAAGCCACCUACACGUUCGCGUUGAAACGCCCCGGUUUCCAUUGGCUCCGUCUCUAUUUCUAUGCCAUUAAAGAUAACAAGUAUGAUCUUCAACAAUCAACCUUCUCUGUGUCUGCCAACCAGUAUGCUAUCCUUCAUAACUUCAAGGUUGCCAAUGCUACCAUACCUGUUCUCAAGGAGUACCUUAUUAACAUGAAUGACCCUAAUUUCCUUCUCAAGUUUUCUCCUAUGAAGAAUUCCUUCGCUUUCGUUAAUGCCAUCGAGGUGGUUUCGGUGCCAGAUACCUUGAUCGUCGACACCGGCAGUUCCCUUACCCCGGUGAACUCCAUUUCCGGUUUAACCCAGCAUGGUUACCAAGUUGUUUAUAGGUUGAACAUGGGGGGUCCUUUGAUCACCCCAGUGAAUGACACCCUAGGAAGGACUUGGAUACCUGAUACUCAUUAUCUUAAAGAUAAAAACUUCGCUAAACAGGCCUCUACUUUACCAUCUGCAGUCAGCUACACCGAUCAAAUGACCCCGUGGAUAGCACCGCCCACUGUGUAUUCGUCUCUCAUCGAGAUGGCGGUGGCUGAUGACAAGACGGUGAACCCAAACUUCAAUGUGACAUGGCAGUUGGAAGUUGAUGAAGCAUUUGAUUACUUGAUUAGGUUGCAUUUUUGUGACAUUGUUAGCAAGACACUCAAUGACCUGUUUUUCAAUGUAUACAUCUGUGGUAAAAUGGCUAUUUCCCAGUUGGAUUUGUCGAGCUUGACAGGUCAGUUGGCCGUUCCGUACUACAAAGAUAUAGUGGUGAAUGCUUCCACCCUCAGCAAUGGUCUUUCGGUUCAGAUCGGUCCAUUGAGCCAGGGUGCCGGAAUAAAAAAUGCGAUUCUUAAUGGCUUGGAGGUGAUGAAAAUGAGCAACGCGGCUGAUAGUCUGGAUGGGGAGUUCAGUGUCGAUGGAAGCUCGAGCUCGAGCAACAAGGGUGCGGUGGCCGUCGUUGGUUUCGCCAUGAUGUUCGGCGCAUUUGUUGGUCUUGGUGCAAUGGUUAUUAGAUGGAAGAGGAGGCCCCAAGAUUGGCAAAGGAGGAACAGCUUUUCUUCAUGGCUGCUCCCACUCCAUGCUGGAGACAGUAGCUCCUUGAGCAAAUCUGGCGGUUCUCAAAAGCACUCUUCAACACUAGGCUUAGGCCGUUAUUUCUCCCUGGCAGAGUUGCAAGAAGCAACCAAGAACUUUGACUCGAACGCCAUCAUUGGUGUCGGUGGGUUCGGAAAUGUGUAUUUAGGCACGAUCGAUGAUGGGACGCAAGUUGCUGUCAAGAGAGGGAACCCGCAAUCCGAGCAAGGUAUCACAGAGUUCCACACAGAAAUCCAGAUGUUGUCAAAGCUAAGGCAUAGGCACCUGGUCUCACUGAUUGGUUAUUGUGAUGAGAACAGUGAAAUGAUCCUGGUUUAUGAGUACAUGUCCAAUGGACCUUUCAAGGAUCACUUGUAUGGAAAAGAGUUGCCAUCGUUAUCAUGGAAGCAAAGGCUUGAGAUCUGCAUCGGAGCGGCUCGGGGGCUUCACUACCUUCAUACCGGUACCGCACAAGGAAUCAUUCACCGUGAUGUUAAGACCACCAACAUAUUGCUUGAUGAUGCCUUUGUUGCCAAGGUUGCUGACUUUGGGCUAUCAAAAGACACACCUAUGGGGCAGAAUCAUGUUAGCACUGCAGUGAAAGGCAGCUUUGGGUACUUAGACCCUGAGUAUUUCAGGAGGCAGCAACUAACCGAAAAAUCGGAUGUUUACUCAUUCGGCGUCGUUCUCCUCGAAUCCUUAUGCGCAAGGCCUGCCAUUAACCCACGGUUGCCAAGAGAGCAGGUUAGCUUAGCUGAAUGGGCAAUGCAAUGGAAAAGGAAGGGGUUGCUUGAAAAGAUCAUUGAUCCUCAGCUUGUUGGUGCCAUCGAUGCUGAAUCAAUGAACAAAUUUGCGGAGGCUGCUGAGAAGUGCUUGGCUGAAUAUGGUGUUGACAGGCCUUCCAUGGGGGAUGUUUUAUGGAACUUGGAACAUGCUUUGCAGUUGCAAGAAUCGUCCUCAGUGGGAAAAUCAGAGGAAGCCGCCGCCCCUGUGCAGCCUUCUCCACCGGCUCCAACCGUCACUCCUCCAUCUGAUACUAAUCCUCCAGCUCCUCACCCAGAAACCAACACAGGUCAGACCAUUGAACACUCAGGAACUGCCAUAUUUGCACAAUUUCAAGGGAUGAAUGGUCGAUAAAAUAACGGGUGGCUCGAUAAUUAGGAUUAUGAAUUCAGCCAUUUCACAUGAUGCAAC